AUGGGAGGGAGGAAAGAUACUACCUGGUGGCUUGCUGUGACUUCAAGUGAGAGAGCUGAAGAGAGAUUUCUAAUAGUUCGUGUCAAUCAUAGAGGUGGUGAGAAUGAGAAUGAGAGUGGACAUAGAGACACUAUGGUGGUGCUUGGAGGUGGUCAGGAUGCAUCAGCUGUCACAACCACCGAUCAUCGUGCUGGAAAGUUUGAGGCCAAAUUUUUUGACAAGAUUCUUCAAGAGGAAAUAGGAGGUGUGAAAGGGCACUUUGGACCAAUAAAUGCUUUGGCCUUCAACCCCGAUGGAAAAAGAAUUAUGGAUCUGUGGGCAAUUGGUAACUCGCAUGCUAGGGCUAUUAAAAGCUUUGAAGAUUUAUGGGUGGAAGAUAGUUUGUACAGUUUUCAGUUCAAAAGGGUUAAAUAG